AGAAAACAGUUUGAGGAACUACUGCUACAGUAAGUGCUCACUCCUUAAACGGAGCAGAAAUAUUUCCUUGGCUGUGAUAUUAAAAUCCUAUUCCCUUUGCAUUGUUACAUAAAAGGGAACUGUAACGGCUACUGUUACAUAAAAGGAAACACAUACAUGAAAAGAUACAAGAGUUACCUUUUUCUUUUGACAUCUAAAGCAAAAUGAAAGAAUUACACUUUAAAGGCAAUUUCUGGAAUGCUGAGAUCACCAGCACUACAGGGUACGACACUAUCAUUCAGCGUCUCAAUGAUGGAAAGAAAACCUGCAAGGAAAUUGAGGACUUCAUCAAAGCUAGGGCUACAAUAGAAGAGAAAUAUGGCAAAGAUUUAUUGAACUUAUCCAAGAAGGUUUGUGGACUAAGUGAACUGAACACACUUAAGAGAUCCCUGGAUGUUUUCAAGUUGCAAAUUGAAAAUGUUGGUACAUCGCACAUACAGCUGGCUCAGACAUUGCGAGAUGAAGCCAAAAAACUUGAAGAAUUCAGAGAAAGGCAGAAAGAGGCAAGGAAGAAGGUAGAACAGCAUAUGGAGGCGUUUCACAAGCAGAAGGCAACCCAGUACAAGAAAACAAUGGAAACAAAGAAAACCUAUGAGCAGAAGUGCCGUGAAAAGGAGGAUGCUGAGCAGACUAUGAAUCGGAAUGCCAAUACAAGCAAUGCUAAACAACUGGAGAAGCUGAGUUUGAAAUCUCAGCAAACAAAAAUGGCUGCAGAGGACGCAGACAGAAUGUACAGUCAGAAUGUAUCCAUCCUGGAGAAAAUUCGCGAGGACUGGCAGAAGGAGCAUGAGAGAGCUUGUGAGAUAUUUGAGAACUACGAGGUGGAGAGGAUAAGUGCCCUGCGGAAUAUUUUAUGGACUCAUCUCAACCAUCUUUCUCAGCAGUGUGUCACCAGCGAUGAGCUGUAUGAAGAAGUAAGAAAGUCUUUGGAGCAGUGUAGCAUCCAGAAGGACAUUGAGUACUUCAUUGACCUCAGGAGAACUGGAGACAAGCCACCAGCUCCCAUCCCAUACGAGAACUUCUACAGCGGUCAGAGGCCUCCUGUUGUUGGUCGCCUAGGGUUUCUAGGUGGAAGGAGAGGACCAUUGCCUAACCCUGUGGAUACAGAAAGUGAUGGCAUUUAUUCAACAGUUAACGACCCCACCUAUAGUUUUGUGCGGCAAUAGAUCAUCCCUUCAUCCUUCGUCCUCAUCACCAGAGAAUGUGGAUAGAAACAAUUGAAAACCACAAGACUGCAUAUUUAAUACCAACCUUUUCCGUAUAACAAUUUCCCUUUGUAACGGCAAAAAACACUUACUACUGAUAUGCCAUUUGUCUAAAGUGGUGUAUAAACUGACUUCCACAGCAAUCAGAUGUCUGAUUGUGAAGAGGGCAGAACUAAUUUUCACUUCAUUAUUGAAGACAAAGAGUUAUGGUCUUUGACACUGUCUAGCUCUUAUUAAAGCCUUUGCAGCAUUUUCUCAUGUUACAUCUAGAAAAUGUAAAUAUCUACAGGAAUGACAUACAUUUUUGUGCUUGUUGAUACACUGUAUUGUUCUGAAUUCUGACCUCAUGCACAGUCUCUCUGGAGAGAAAUGGUACAUUUUCCUCUUUGACCAAACUGUCCAUCUUAUACAGUACAUUUACUAACAAUUUCUCCUUAGCUGAAGGUAAGAACCAAUUCUUACGUUUUUCUUAAGUACUUUGAGAGAGCCUUUAACACCCAGAGUGUAUUUAUAAUCUGCCUCUGCUCUGCUACUGCACACCCAAGGAACAGUCAGGGCUUCACAAUAAAAUAAACAAAUGGUGUGCUGGAUUUUUAUUAGUAGCUGUUUGUCGGUUGGCCUUAUAUUGAUAAGAGAUAAAGAUGGAGAAAGGCUCAUAGCUGAACACUGGGUUCAGUGAGCAUGGAGGACUGAAAUGUGCACUGCCAGAAAGACCUAAUGCACCUUUCCCUUUAGAAAAAUGAGAAAUGAAGAUCCUACUCUGUUCUACUUUCUGUUCUUACCUAUCAGAUAAUUUCUUUGAAUAGUCUUCAUGGCUUUAGAGUUAUAAAUUAUGAAGAAAACAUUUUUAUUUGCACUUUGCUUGGGUAUCCUAAGAGUCAACCCCAGCUGUAUGCAAAAUUUACUGUUGGUAAAUGUGGACAGAAUUACAGAAAGGAUGAUAAUAUAGAUUAUUGGAAACAUUUACUGUAUGUCCUAUAACUGUCAUAUAAUAAAUAAUGCCAAUACUGUUCAUUUGAUUCACACUGAAUGAUGAUGUACAUGCUAUUCAAGAGAAUACUAAUCCAUAUUUAUAAUUAUAUGUAUAGUUUCCCAAAAAAAGUUUAUGAUCCAGCAUAGAACAUAUCUAUGGUAUGGAGAAAUAUUUGCACAACCCAGUGUUUUUUUUUAAACUUCAAAACACAAAUAUUAACUAUAUACCAGAAAUGUAGGAACAUACCAUAUAUGGUCGUAGUUUCAAUUAUUCUGAAAACUACAGUCUUGCAGGUGUAUGCAUAUUCUUUUCAUGAUGUCCCAUUGUGUUGAACUACAAAUGAUAACACAUUUUUUAAAGUAAACAUUUUUAGCUAAACUUGCAUUGUCAAACUGAAAACUUUUAUUACUGACCAGAUGUGCACGUUUCAAACUGUGUAACACUAUAGGUCAAUGUUAAUGGUUAAAAAAUGUGUCCCUUCAUAUGUAUAUUUCGGACAAUCCUCACACAAAUCCUCUCUUACAAACCCUUGGUUACUGUGGUAACAAUGCUUUUCUUUAUGGUUUUGUUCCAUUUUACAUCAUUUUUACUGCACUACUGCAGAUCAAUCACUCAGACAUCUCAACGUGAUCAAAUGUUUACUCUGUUGGUCCUUAUUUUCCUAGUGGUAUUAUUGAGAGAGAACUGCAUGCUCUGUAGUAAAUUAAUUUAAAGUAAGUUCCUACUGUCUUCACACAGAGAAAAUCAGUCCUGCUAUACUGAAUUUGUAAAAUAUUGUUAGAAAUGUCUCAACUUUCUUAUACUUUUCAUACAUUUUUCAUACAUACGAACAAUAGAAACAUUGCAAGUUAUGGUUCUUUUUGAAUUUUAAAACCUGUGUUCUAUACUCUUUUCUUCACACAAGAAAAAAAACUAGCAGGAUAUUCAGGAAUCCUAUUCCAUUGUAUACUUCUCUUUCAUAUUCAUGGAAAGGAACAGUAUGCUACCUGAUUUUAAUGUUUGUGCUUCAUAAAUUAUAUUAUUUAUAAUUAGAGUGUAUGUAUUUCUUCUUAUUUUAGUUAAAGCAUUUUUGCUUAUUUAAUACUACUGGUUUUUACAUUUUUAAUACUAUGGUCAAUAUUGGCUAUUGCCUAUGCAAUGCCUUCAAUUACAUGGCUUAUUUUAUGUAUAUAACACUGCCUAAUAAUUGCAAAACAGAAUGUCUACUACAUGAAAUAUACUGUAUAACCAGAAGUGCUCAGUGAAAUUUAGAUGACUUUUUUCCUUUAUGGUGAUAAAUAUAGAUAAUAUGUAAAUAUAAUAACAAAUAUUAAUACAUUUCCAUCUACAAUUUGAAAUUGAAACAAGACCUGGUAAAGUGGAAUAUUAUGUACGGUGGAUGAUAAGACCAUAUGGAAUGUAAUUGCAAUGUGACUAUUAAUACAUUAAAUGGCUGCACAAAUUGUAAGCUGAUUUAUUUGAAAUGACCCAUUUUAUGUGCAUUAAAUUUUCUGUUAAUAAAUAUU